CAAGUGUUCAAAAUGCAAACGUUGUAAGCAUGCAGGCAACGUCCCAGGACAGUAAAUUUUACAAGAAAAUGUUUACACCAAAGCAACAGCUAGACAAAAAACAGAAACGCAACCAUCUCCGGAAAACAUCUGAUGGGGAACUUUCCGACGAUGAGCGCAGCGAUGUUUUCUUAAAUUCUGUCGCUGAGUCAACAGAUUAUUAUGUUCCUAGUCUCAUCAAAUCAAAACCAAUUGGGAAUAUUGUAGAAAAUUUUAAUGUCGCCGAUGAUCAUUGUAGGCGGAGUUCCUGGUUAUGCAUGGAUUUUCAUUUUCUCCCUCCAGCUUUUUUUAACCAUUUGCUGGUUGGAUACAUGCGGCGUUACCCAAUAAGCAUUGAACCUUCGAACACAGUUAAGAAGUUAGCACUGUACCGUGGCAUGGGUGUAUUCAAUCUUGAUGAAUCGGGAUGCAUAAAGCUAGCAAUUUGCGUGUUUCGUAAUGUUGUGCAAUUUCAAGUCUGGUAUUGGCAGGAGCCGUCUGUUAAACUGAACGAACGAGUUUGGCAAGAAGCAGAGUUAUCAGUAAAUGCAAUAAUUCGACGAUACAAAAUGAAUGUUGUGUACAUGUUAAAAGUAAAGUGUAUGAGUGGGAGUUAUAAAAACCCAGUCGGAAUGGUAGAUGUCGUACAACUUAAGAAAUCAGAAAUGUAUUAUUGCUAUGAACAUGCCGAAUCACACCAGUCGACAGAAAUGUUAGGUUGUUGGUUUUGCACAAAAGAGACCAAUGAGUUGAAAUUGAAAGUUGAAGAAACAACUGAACUGGAAGCUAAACUAAAUUACCAUUUCCAAAGGAUAGUUAAUGAAAUAGGAACUUUAAGGGAGAUUUUGGAUGACAUGAUAAGUAAAUGUCUAAUAUCAACAGAUAACAGAAGUUAUAUUGAACAAUAUCCUGACCAACAGCAUCAAAUAAAAAGGCUUACAGAAAUCAUUAUACGUAGAGGACAGGAUUUCUAUUCUGCUUUUUUGGAGAUACUGCGUAAACAUGAUUACCAACAAUUGAUUGAAAGUCUAGAACAUGUUGAUGUAUCUCAAAAGAAUAAACAAGAUUCAUCAACCUUCAAAGUCCCGGUGUUUCGCGUUCGAUUGCAAAAGAACUACACUGAUAUCGUGUCCAGUAUAACGCAUCAGCACAUAGUUGAUCAUCUGAUCACAAAUGAAGUAUUGACUUUCGAUGACAAACAAAUUAUAGAUGCUUCACCAGCACAAAGUGACAAAAUAGGAAACUUAUGGAAAAACUAAUGUUCACAGGCAAAAAAGGAUAUUAUCAAUUCCUAGACGCUUUAAGAUUAGAUGACUGCUAUUUUGAACUUGCACCGCAAAUUGAAUACACUAAAGUCAUGGAAAACGAAAUUUCAAUGUUAUCGUGUUGUUCUAAACUACCAGUUCAAGCAAAUAUUACCAAUGACAAAUAGUGCUCCUACGCUUUGCUAGACGUUUUGAACUGGGUGUUAUAACAGGGGUGACGAAAGGUGGAAGGCGAUUCAUUCAAUGCUUAUAUCCACUUUUCAAAAAGUUUCUUUUCAUAACGUUUAUCAAGAAGUUAGAGACAUAGUUAAUGGGCAAAUGAAAUGAAAUAAGCAAUACCAAAGUCAUUUCAGAUUCUAUUCUUCAAGUACUAUACGUAUAAAAAAAUAUUAAUGUAUGUCAAACAUUUUGGCAAAGUUAAAGCCUUAUAUGGCUCCCUUUAAAAGAAAAGGAUAUCAAGAAUUAUUAAAUAAUUUAUAUUCUUGAGUUGUUUAUUAGGAAGCAUUGUAAACAAACGAACUUGAGUAAUGGCUAGGAACUGCAAUUAGUAUUUCAUCUUUCUACAAUGCCCUUUUAAGUUUAUAAAGACUAAUAUAGGUAUCUCAAUUCACCUUUAAAAACUGAACUGAUUUUCUUAAAACUAAUUAUAGAAAAAUUGACAGACCGCCUUUUAGUACAAUUCAACAAUUUUUGAUAGAAUAGGAGAAAGUUUCUUCUAUGCGCCAUGUAAAUGAAAGCAUGUUAUUCUAGACCUAUGGUACUAGUAUGGGAUUUUUUAAUUCAGAAGACAGACUUUCUUAUAAUUCUGAUCAAGUGGCUUUUGCAAUGAGAAUAAAACCUAAUCGACGCUAAACUUGCUGGCCAGCGAAUUUGUAUGAUGACACCAUAUAAUUGCUUAUUUAAAAACAACAGUUGAUUAAUACUAACUUUUAAUUGAUCUAUUGAUCGAAACAAUAUUAUGUUUUCAUUUAUUUAUCAAUGUUGGUACUUGUCACUGAUAUUUAAAAAAACCAACAAAUCAUAUUGGAAUAAAUUGGUCAUGUGACUAUCAGGAAAACGUGUUUACAUAUACAUGCCAUAGCCAUAAGGUGUUUUUAUUUUUUAUUUUUAUAUAAUAUUUACGUUUUGUUAUGGCUUUGUUCUAUAUCAUAAUCAAAAUGUGUACUUAACUGCUUUUAGUAAGAUAAGUUCAUGUUAUUUACAGUUGCUGCUGCUUAGUGAUGUUCAAUAUAUUUGGACAAGAAUGUUAUACAUGUUAUAGAAAUAGUAUUUAAUUGUUUUAUUCUACAUCAAAAUAAAGUUUUUCUAUCUGA